AAAAAAAAAGAUUAUUGAUCAUCUUUACGUUCCCUGUGUUUUUUUUUUUAAUUUGAAUGUACACAACCUAUUACUUGUACUACUUGAUCAUCAUACAAUAGAGAAGUAACAUCAAUCUUAUUCAUGACUUCACCCGAAGACCCUUUUUCUAAUGAACAAAAACGUUUGACUCGCGUGUCGAUGGCACCACUUUAUGACCGUUUAUUAAAGAUAUCCUUUCCAGAUACUGUAUCUGCUAUUGAACAUUGUCGAAAUGUAUGCGCUGAUUUUGGAUUUACUGUUAAACAAGAAGCAAGUGCUAAUAGGAAUAUAUAUGUUUAUUGCUCACGUGAAGGAUUACCCGAUUCUCAACGUAAUCCAAAACCAACUCCUCAACGAAAACGACCCUCGAAAAGAUGUGAUUGCCGUUGGCGUGUUGUUCUUUCUGAGAAUGACCAAGAACAAUGGGAAUUUCGAAAAUCAAUGAAUCCAAAUGCUUCAGAACAUAACCAUGAAAUGAUGGCUCCCAACGAAAUGGUCAAGGCUUGGCCUCCUGAAGUCAAUGAUAUGAUUAUUUAUCUUGCACAACAACGUCUACAAACUCAUGAAAUUCGUGAUACUGUCAAGCAACGUUUUCCUCACAUCUCUUGGAAUGAACGACGAUUUUACAACCGACUAACAGAAGAACGAAAACGCAUUCGUCAACGAAAUACUAUUGAAAGAACACGUCGACUUAUUUUAUUAUCUGCUCAACUUUGUGCUGUCGUGGCUGCCAAUGAAGAAUGGUCGCAAUGUGUGGAAGGGGAUCUACAUCGCAUGUUUGAAAACUUUUGCCAGCUUACUCGAUUACCUCCUGAAGCUAUUCCUUCUCUUGUGGAUUUUCAACCUGAACUUAUUCAAAAUGAAACGGACAAAUUGACUUCUACAACACAUCGACUUUCUAUUGGUAAUCUACCUGAUGAUAUGAACGAUCAACAUCAACAACAUCAUCAUCAUCAACAACAAGGCUCCCCGACAAAGAAACGAAAAGCAAAUGGAUUAAGUAAACAACAGGUUAUGGAUCAACAACAGCCACCACCUUUACCAGCAACUACGCAACAACAAAAAGGAACUCAAUGUAUUUCUAUUUCUGCCUUCAACGUGUUUGUGAGAACACAGUCUUUACGAGCAUCAUCAGAAUCCUCUCAGAGUAGUCGUCAAACAUGUGAUUCUUCUUCUGGUCUGGAAAGUCCUACACACACCAAUUCCUCCUUUGUUGGCAACAAUGGAUUAUUUUCCUUGGCUUCACCUACGUCAUCAUCAUCAUCAUCGUCGUCGUCUAUGCAUUUUAGGCAGCAACCUUUCCGUUUGGAUGUACAGUCGCGAUUGACUUCACCACCACAACAACAGCAGUCUACAAUGUCAUCACCCAACGACGCAUCCUCAUUCAUGAUGCAACAACAACAACAGCAACAACAGCAGCAACAACAGCAGCAACAACAACAGCAACAACAACAGCAACAACAACAGCAACAACAACAGCAACAGCAACAGCAACAACAACAGCAACAACAACAACAACAACAACAACAACAACAACAACAACAACAACAACAACAACAACAACAACAACAACAACAACAACAACAACAACAACAACAGCAACAACAGCAACAACAAUCCUAUGCUCUCACCAAUUUGAAUUAUAACAUGCAAGGCUCCUUUUCUCCUUAUACUCUGUCGGCUCCUUCCUUCUCUUCACCUAAUGAUAUGUCAUUUACUCUGGAUAAUAAUGGUACUGUUUCUACGACACCACAACACCCUCAUCAUUUAAUUAUUACUUCAAGAACGGAUCAUCAAGAACAAAGACCAUCCUCUGUGUUUACUGAUUUUUGUCCAUCGGUGAAAGAAGAACGGGGAUUAUACGAACGAUCAUUAUCUACGUCUGCUUACAACAAUUCUCCUUUGCCCAUGAUUCGUCCAAAUGAUCAUCCAAAUAGUGUGCCUAGUACAUCAGAAUCCAAUGCUGCUGCGUUUUAUUGAUUUUUUUUUUUCUAUAUCACCUUUUCUUUUCUGUAUGAUUCUUUUUUUUUUCUUUUAGUUAUUAUUUUCCUUUAGGACUAUUACUAUAUGCUUCUAUGAUAUUUGAAUUAUGUACACUUUUUUUUUUGCCCUUUUUUUUUAUUUAUAUAUUUACAUAUACAUUUAUAUCUUUAGCUAGCUGCCAUGUUUUUUUUUUUGUUAUCUCUCGA